AUGGAGAGAUCUGUUUUUGGCGGCGGCGGCGUGGCGCAGAGCGACAGCGUCAGCGCGUCCGCCAUCGUCGCCCAGACCGUGAAGGGGUCGCACGUCCUCAAGAUUGAUGGGUACUCCCGGGUCAAGGCAUCGGCCGGCAGCGGCAAAUUCAUCAGCUCUGGUGAGUUCGUCGUCGGCGGGAUUACUUGGGACAUCAGGCAUCGUCCUGCACCUCAAGCACAACCAUGCCACGGGCGUCGAGGCAAGCUACGCGUUCAGCUUGCUCGACGGCGCCGGCGAGCCAGUCCCGUCGUAUUCCUCUGGCAGGGGCACGCGCACGCACUUUCAAGUCGCGCAGACACCGGAUUUGGGUGCCGAAGGUUCAUCAUGCGGAAGGCCCUGAGAGGAUCAGCCUAUCUCAAGGACGACUGUUUCAGCGUCAGAUGCGACGUCACCGUCUCCACGACAGCAGUCCGCAUCCCGCGGUCCGUUGCCGUGCCGCCACCAGACAUGCACCAGCACAUUGGCCGCCUCCUCGAGUCCCAGGUGGGAACGGACGUCACGUUCCAGGUCGGCGAGGAGACCUUCGCCGCGCACCGGCUCGUGCUCGCCGCUCGGUCGCCGGUGUUCAUGGCGCAGCUGUUUGGCCCAAUGAAAGAAAGGAGCACGGGCCACGUACGGAUUGAUGACAUGGACCCAAGAGUGUUCAGGACCAUGCUGCACUUCAUCUACACAGACUCGCUGCCUGACAUGGACAGCGGCGACGACGCGCGGGCCAUGGCUCAGCAUUUGCUUGUUGCAGCGGAUAGAUACGACAUGGAGAGGCUGAAGCUCACCUGCGAGGACAGGCUUUGCGACUACAUUAACACUGGCACGGCUGCAACUACUUUGGUGCUUGCGGAGCUGCAUGGCUCCAGAGGGCUCAAGGAGGCGUGCUUCGAGUUUCUCAAGUCUCCGGGCAAUCUAAAGGCGACCAUGGAUUGUGAUGAGUUUCAGCAUCUGACGAACAGUUGCCCCUCCCUUCUCAGCGAGCUGCUCGCCAACGUUGCACCCUGA